CCUCACAUCACACCACCUUCAUUAGAGGUAACAGUUUGGUAAGGUGGGAGACUAACUUAAAAGACUUCAUCCAAAAACAAGAGGAAACUUGCAGAGAAUUUUCUUCAAAGAGCUACAAUAAAAGAAUGGGCUCGUCUGGUGUACAGAUCGUGUGUAUGGCACUGGGAAUUUUAGGUCUCAUUGCAGCGGUUGUGACCAUUGCUGUUCCAAGAUGGAAGGUUUCUGCUUUUAUUGGUCAGAACAUUAUCACUGCACAGGUUCAGGAAGAGGGCUUGUGGAUGGAGUGUGUGGUUCAGAGUACCGGACAGCAGCAGUGUAAAGCUUACGACUCGCUGCUCAUCCUGGGCUCUGACCUCCAAGCGGCCCGUGCCAUGACCAUCAUCGGCUGCAUGCUCACUGUCCUGUCCCUGCUCGUUCUGUGCGCCGGCGCCGACUUCACCACCUGCAUCGACAACGAAGAAGUCAAACCCAAAGUGAGUCUGGUGUCCGCCAUUGGGCUGAUCCUCGCCGGCUUGUUGCUGAUCAUCCCCGUCAGCUGGGCCGCUCAUAAUGUCGUGCGCGAUUUCAACAAUCCACUGGUAGCCCAAUCUCAUAAGAGAGAGCUGGGAGCCUGUAUCUUUGUGGGCUGGGGAGGAGGAGUCCUGCUCCUGCUGGCCGGAGGCUUGCUGUGCUGCUUCAGCAGACCCCGCUCCGGAGGAUCCGGCGGAGCCGCCAAAUACUACAGCAACAGCGCCUCUGCACCAAGCAAGAAUUAUGUGUAGAUAAAUUGGGUUAAACUAAGCAGUGGUCGCAGAAAUUGAAGCUGUAGUAUGUGAAAUAUGUCUAUGUUAGUCUUUAUAGUUGGUAGGUAAUGAGAAUAACAAACUAGAAAAGGUCUGCAAAGAUGUAAAUAUUACUUGUUUAGAGCUACUGUCAUAGAAAAACUGUCUUUAAGCUUUUCAAUUAGUUUCAUAUGGUAAUAAACAAUGUACUUGUUUAUUAAAAUUCAGGGAUGGGCCGAGCUUGUGUCCAAAAUACUUUCAGGUCAUUUUUAUCUGUGCCAGUCCUUGUCAUUUCAAUAAUGCUACUGAAUAACUGAAUUCAUUAUUUUUGAGUAAUACAGAACAGAUAUUUUUUCAAGAACUUUUUAGGAUACGGGAAUCUACUGUAAUCUGUACAAAUGCUACACAAUUGUGUGUGUGUGUGUUAGGUCAUAAUCAUUUCUGUUGCCUCUCUGUAUUUUCAAUAAAACUGACUGAUUUAAGACA